ACCAUGGAUAUCGACCCCAGCAUCACCUUUGCGGAUGCUUCAGGUCCCCAGGUUGCGAUUCGGGAGAUAACAAAGACCACAGUUAGCUUUGUUUUAAGCAAUACGGAAUUAGCUCUUGCCAAUGCUUUGCGACGGGUAAUGAUCGCUGAGGUGCCUACAAUGGCAAUCGAUUUGGUCGAGAUCGAGGCGAAUACGACGGUCCUCUCAGAUGAGUUCAUUGCUCACCGAUUAGGCUUGAUACCGCUUGUCUCUACGGACGUCAAGCGUAUAAAUUACACCCGCGACUGCUCCUGCACUCAGUACUGCGAUAGAUGUUCUGUCGAAUUCAAACUCAAUGUAUCCUGCCAGAACGAUCCGACCCGCGAGGUUCAUUCCCGCGAUCUUAUCUCAAGUCAUCCCACCAUUGUACCGUACCUGGAAACACCUGAUGACAAGGGUGUAUUGCUGGUGAAACUUAAGAGGGGGGAGGAUUUACGAAUACGCUGUAUAGCGAAGAAGGGAACAGCGAAGGAACAUGCAAAGUGGGCACCCUGCACGGGUAUUGCUUUCGAGUAUGAUCCGCAUAACAAAUUGCGGCAUACAACGUAUUGGUAUGAGGAGGAUAUGAAGGGAGAAUGGCCAAAGAGUGCACAUGCGGAUGAGGAGCCAGAACCCAAAGACGGUGAACCAUUUGAUUACAAAGCGAAACCGGAUAGGUUUUAUUUCACAGUAGAGUCUACGGGAGCAUUGGAGCCAAGAGAUAUUGUGGUGGGAGCGCUGGAUGUCUUGCGAUCGAAACUGGCGCAGCUGCAGCUUGCGCUGCAAAGUAUAGCAAAUGAGCAAGGCGAGGUGGCAAUUCCAGUAGAUGAUGCAGUCCCAGGUGGAUAUUAUUAAUGAAAUUUGGAUGAAGUCUAUUGUGUGCUGCAUGGGCCCAAAGACACAUGCUGUGUCCGAUAAUCUGCGAUGAAGAUGUCACCUCGCGCAAAUAUUGUGUUGAAGUCCGUAAGAAUUUGGCGAUUGAGCAUCAGUGAUAUUAUGUUAUCGUAUGUUAUGUUACUGUCUAUCCAUAUACUGCGAUUUAUUACUUUAGGUUGGAGUCAACCUUCCA